AUGAUGCAGUCGCCGUCGCAGCACCAGUCCUCCUACUACGCCGUGCUCGGCGUCCACCCAGGCGCGUCCUCCGCCGAGAUACGCGCCGCGUACCACCGCCUCGCCAUGAGGUGGCACCCGGAUAAGAUUGCCAAUGGCCGUGUGGAUCCGGCGAUCGCGGAGGAAGCCAAGGGAAGGUUCCAGAAGAUACACGAGGCAUACCAGGUGUUGUCGGAUCAGAAGCGGAGGGAGCUCUAUGACGCCGGGAUGUACGACCCCCUCGACGACGACCAAGAAGAGGUCGAGGGCUUCCAUGAUUUCCUUCAGGAGAUGCUCUCGCUCAUGGCCACCGUUGGUAGAGAGUUUGUGAGAAAUAAAGAUGAACAAGGGAAGGCUUUAUCUGUAAAUGUGAAGAGAGGUGCAGGAUUUCACCUCCCCCCAGCCGCCGCCACCAAGCAGCUUCUUCAGCAGCACCAGUUCGUCGACGCGGUUCGGCGCACCCAGCGGCGGAGCGCAGCAGCAGCGUCGACCCCCCUCACGCGUACGGCCUCAGGGGUUCGGCAGCUCGGCAUGCUUCAGCCAGACGGCUUUCUCCGGCUGCUAAGCACCUGCGCGAUCUGCAUCGCAGUUCAUGCGUCCGUGGGGAUCACCGGCGUGAAGACGCUGAGUUGCAGAGACUGGGAGAGACAGGGAACGUCGAGCGCUCUAGCGAUGCACACGGCGGGAGCCGGUACUGUACAUCACCCACUGGAUGAGCGGAAUAAAGAAGACGGUAGAUAUUUCUAG